AUGAUGUGUCAGCGUUACACCGGCUCAAUGAUACAACGACGUCUCCUCAUUAUGCCGGUGUCCUCCUCGGAGGAGUUCUCGCGCCGCCUGGGCUGCGGCGUGGACCGGCCCGUGAAGGUGCUGUCCAUCUUCGGCAACACCGGGGAGGGCAAGAGCCACACCCUGAACCAGACCUUCUUCGGAGGGGCACCGGUGUUCCGCACCUCCUCGCAACAGCAGUCGUGCACCGUGGGCGCCUGGGCAGCGCUCUGCCCGGACACCGGCCUGGUAGCCAUCGACACCGAGGGACUGCUCGGGGUCGCCCAGAACCAGAACCAGCGCACCCGGCUGCUCCUCAAGGUGCUGGCCAUCUCGGACGUGGUGAUCUACCGCACGCGGGCGGAGCGACUUCACUCGGACCUGUUCAGCUUCCUGGGCGACGCGUCGCAGGCCUACGCCAGCCACUUCUCGCAGGAGCUGAAGGCUCUCAAGGAGCGCUGCAACAUUGCAGGACCUGUGUCGGUCCUUGGUCCCGCCGUUGUCGUCUUCCACGAGACCAUGCACACCAGGCCACUCUCGGGCGACGAUGGUCGUUCCGUAACAGACAUACUGAGGCACCGCUUUGACUCUGCCGAAAAGAGCAUCGACGCCUUCAGCGCCCUCGACUACGUGGGCAUCCAGACCAAGCAGCUGCCCACCUGCUUCGACGGGCUCAGGGAGGUGGUUGAGAAGAUCGUGGACAACUCUACGGUGCGGUCGGCCAGGCCCGUGGAGGUCAUCUUCCAGGCGCUGAGGCUGCUGAACGAGAAGUUCAGCGGGGACAUUGACCGCAGCAUUCCCAGCUCGUUUCCGGACCAGUUCUUCACGUGCCAGUGCACAUGCAUUGCGUGCAGUGCACGCUGCAACCGCAGCAUGAAUCACCAGGGGAGUCACCGGUGCGACACCAAGUGCCAGUACCAGCAUGAGCACGACAACAAAGUCUUUGUGUGCAAGUCCUGUUACGAGAAGUCGGGCCGGGAGAUUGUCCUCACGCCACAGACGGGUGCCAAGAAUGACGCUGCCUGGAUGGGGUGGGCCAAGUAUGCCUGGUCAGGGUACAUCUUGGAGUGUCCCAGCUGCGGAGUGAUCUUCCAGAGUCGCCAGUACUGGUACGGCAACAAGAAUCCUGAGGAGACGGUGGUGAGGACGGAGAUAACUCACCUCUGGCCUGGGGAGCCGCUUCCAGCGGGCGAGCCUUCCAACACGGCCCAGCGGGUGAUCGACGGGCUGCAGGUAUUCACGGAGACGGUCAGCAGCAUCAGCGCAGGGCCCACCCGCACCAUCUCGGAUUGGGUCACCGAUCAGAUUGCUCCGGUAUACUGGGUGCCCAACUACAAGAUACAGAACUGCCACGACUGCGGCCAGUGCUUCUCACCCAACGACCGGAAGCACCACUGCAGGGCGUGCGGCCAAGGGUUCUGCGACGACUGUUCCUCGCAGAAACGGCCCGUGCCGGAGCGCGGGUGGCCGGACGCGGUCCGCGUCUGCAAGGCCUGCUUCAACCCGGGCAAAGACGAAGGCAGGAGUCGGGCCGUGGCACGACCGGCGGGUGAAUCGGAAGUGACGGCGCGGAAAGUGGGCGAGGUGAUCCGCAACGUCCUGGGAGUCGCCGCGUCGGCCAUCGAGUUCCCCCUGGGGCUGAUCAAGGACACGGCACGCCCGGCGUACUGGACCCCCGACCACGAGCUGAGCGCCUGCGCCGUCUGCGAAUUGCCGUUCGGUCCGCGCAAGCCGAUCCACCAUUGCCGCGGCUGCGGCCUCGGCGUCUGCAACGACUGCUCGAUGGCGAGGCGCCCCGUGGCGUCGCGUGGCUGGGAGAGUCCCGUGCGCAUCUGUGACAAGUGUGACAAGCGUGCUGAGCUCUGAACCAGCCGCGACACGUCUCAAGGGACCGACUCUCUGCAGCAAGAAGCCAGUGCAUGUUACUUGACGAUUUCUGCAGGCUGGUUUCCGCAUUGUCGCUUGAGUGCGUCGCAUUUUCUUGUCACCGCUUGCAACUAGAGAACACACGGCUGCCAUCUGUCGAGCAGCCCUGGAAAUGCAUAUAACUAGACGGAAGGAUUAACAGCAUUUAUGUCCUUGACAAAAAGCCGUCGCUCGUGACGUUGUCGGAAUCCCUCCAAGCACACAGUGAAAAGAUGAUUCGUAAAAGUUUAUGAACAUUGCCCUAGCGUGAUUCUGCCGACAGAGGAAGGGGAGUGCAAAACUUGUCGUAAAUGAGCUGGCCACAUGCUAUGCGCAUGUGCGAUGUCACAUGCCUGCGACCUUGGUGUCGCGGUGUUGCUUGAUAUCAUGAUCUUACGUGACAUCACAGGGUUGUGCAAUGUCGUGGUGUUGCAUGACAUUGUCAUGUGACAUGAUAUAAUGUGACACCAUGAUGUCAUGCGUUGCAAUGCUGCUUGGCAUCGAAACGUCGCAAUGUCACAGCAGCUUGCUGUCACAGUGUUGCAUAAUAUUAUGAUCUUAUGUGACGUCACAGUUAUGAAAUGUCACAGUGUCACGUGACAUUAUGAUAUUGUGUGACACUGUGAUGUGCAUCAUAACAUUAUGAAGUCAUAGUGUCACAUGACAUCGCACUCCUUUGUGAUGCUUCUUUUAGAAUUUAGCUGAUGAAACCCAAUCUGUGUUAGAACUCUGUGCAAAUCUAGCGUUCAAGAGCUGCUCUACGAAUGGUGCUAGUGUGCCAGUACAUUCUCUUGCCGUAAGCAGUGACAAGCGGUUUAAACUCGCUCAAUCGCACCCGCAUGCAAAUCUGUGAACCAGAAAAAAAAAAAGUUAUGUUUCAUCAUUUUUUUUAACUUUUAAAUGAAAUUUUGGGCACAAAUAUCUAUUUGAGCGGAAAAAACGGGUUCACCUCGAGCGUGCCACGGUUGGUGAGGUCGUGUAAAUGUACAAAACUAAAUUACGUUCUUUAGCUGAGAGAAAUGUAGUGACCCUCAAAUUGUGUUGCGGCGAAUGCGGAAGCAAUGCGUUGCCUCCAGCUAUUGCUGCAUUUGUUAGCACAGGCAGAUAUUGGGCUGCCUUGUUUUUGCAGUUUAGAAGUUCUCGACUUGGGACAUGUCGAGAAAAGGAAAGACCGAUGCGGAGUCUUUCCUGUUUGUAUGUCAUAUUUCAAAGUGACACUGACGCUCCUGUCAUCGUCUUUGUAUAGUAUUCAUGGGUGCUUGGAGGCCAAAGACGUUGUAGAGUACAGCUGAGUUACUAUGGAAGUGGUUUUGUGUUUUCAACAGUUGCUCUCUGUCUGUUUGUCAUUCGAGAAUUGUACAAUUGAUCUUUUCGGUACUGUAUUUUGUAGCAGGCCUGGAUGGUCAAAAGUAGUAUGUUAUGGCCUCUUUUUAUUGCAUAACCUUACUUACCCAGUCAAUUUGUUAAUAGGGGCUUGGGAACAUAUUUUGCAUUUUGAAUGGUGAGAAAUCUAUUAGAUUCAUACCUGUCAUUAGUGGAAGGCAUCAAUUCAGUGACAUGCAUUUGACCUAAAGUGCUCAGAAAUAAGUGAAGUUUUUUAUGAUUUUUUUUUCUUAUCAUCUGGUCAAGUUUAUAUCAGCUCGAGAAACUUGACUCUGUUUUUCAAUUUGAAUCUGGCUGGACGGAGCCUUGGAAGGCUCCGCUGCACCCUUUACUUUUAGGUGGGACUUUAUUUUAGAUAUAAAAUUUUUUUGGUGUUACUCGUUAGAGUUGCUCAAAAUAUUACUGUUUGAUAACAGAACAGCACUGGCUUCUUCAUUUCUUUACCGUAAUUACGGGAUGAUGUGUCUCCGGGGGCGUGCAAUUUGAGACCUCCACAGGAGUGUUUGCUUACAUUCCAUGGUUCUUCGUGCUUGUUCUCCCUGAUCAUCUGUUUUUUUUCCCCCAUCACCGUUUUUUAACCUCUCUUUUUACCCUGGUAAAGAAUCUGUGGGACGAUGCUUUUGUGACCCUUGGUCAACUGAAAAUGUGAAUUUGUGAACUGCUUUGCCAAGAUGGCCAAUUCUGUAAGGAAGCUUUCUUGUGACUAGGUUCUUUUGUUAUACUGAUCAUUGAGGAGCCCUUUCUCGUGGUUUUUUGCUGGAAGUGGAUUGCUUUAUGUUCAAGGAAUUUUUCCGCCAUUCUUUGUAGUUCUUGCUUGAGCCACAUUUAGGUUGGAGGAAGCCUCGACAUAAAUGAUGAUAAUUCUUCGUCGUCAUUUGCUUUCCAGUUCAAACACAUAUCUUUAUUGUAAAAGCCCGUAGGUUUUCCUUUGUAUUGUGCACUUAUUAUUUUCUAUUCUAAGUCUAAAAGGACCACAAUUUUUUUUCUGGCAAUGUGCCACUUUCAUACCUAAAGGGCACAUGGUUUGUGUGAAGUAAACUAGACUGUGAUGUACCGUAGGUACACUGGAAGAUUAUGUUCUGAAUCACUGUCUUGUUCCUACUGGGAUUAGGAGCUAAUACAUAUGUUAUGCAGGGUCCUGGAGCCAGAGGAGCAAAAAUACCAUGCAACACAGUUCUUGCAUAGUGUUAUGGAAAUGUGUUGGAUUGGCUAAACCCAUCUGGCCAUUUUUAUUCGUAGGAUAUUGCACUGACGUGAUGCCACCUAAUGCUCCCAGUGUACCGCAUUUCAUAGCGUCCAGUUGAACUAGGGAAUCGACCGGCCGAGUUUUCUGAUUGGUUGAUAUCAGCCAUGUUGAGGUACA